AUGAAGCUUAACCCAGCCAAAUGCGCAUUCGGGGUAAGCUCGGGGAAGUUCCUGGGGUUUAUGGUUACCCAAAGAGGAAUCGAAAUCAAUCCAGAUCAGGUGAAGGCUGUCGCCAACAUGCUUGCACCAACAAACAAGAAGCAGUUGCAACGCCUCACUGGCAAACUCAUCGCUCUCGGACGGUUCAUAGCUCGAUUCACAGACAAGAUGAAGCCUUUCUUCCUGGCACUCAGAGAUAUCAAUAAAUCCGGAUGGACGCAAAACUGUCAAAAUGCAUAUGAAGAAAUCAAGCGAUAUCUUUCUCAACCCCCCAUUCUAAGCAGUCCGCAACCUGGGGAGAGGCUAUACCUGUAUCUAGCAGUUACCGAUUGGGCUGUUAGCGCAGUCAUGCUCCGUUCCUUGUCGCCCCGAGAGCAAAGACCCGUAUAUUUCAUCAGCAAAGUGCUUGCCGAUGUAGAAACAAGAUAUUCAAGGAUGGAAGAGACUGCCCUGGCGUUGCGCACGACCGCUCAGAAACUGCGUCCAUAUUUCCAAGCUCACCCCAUAACCGUACUCACCAAUCAACCUCUCAGGAAUGUCCUACAUAAACCAGACAUAACAGGCAGGAUGCUACGAUGGGCGAUAGAGUUGAGCGAAUAUGGGAUAGGUUAUCAACCCAGAUUAUCCCUGAAUGGACAAGUCAUGGCAGACUUUAUAGCAGAAUUGCCUGAAGCGUGCCCCCCGGAUAAAGAAUCAACUUCGGAUGAUCGGUGGUCUCUGUAUGUUGAUGGAGCCUCCCGCUCGUCCGGAUCAGGAGUCGGACUUCUCCUCGAAGCACCAACCGGGGAACGACUGGAGCAAUCCAUCCGUCUGGAUUUUCCCACUUCAAACAAUGAGGCUGAAUAUGAGGCCAUCCUAUCCGGAUUGGACCUUGCAAUCACUUUGAACGCCUCAAAAGUCAAAAUCCACAGCGACUCCCAGCUCGUCGUGGGGCAAAUACUAAAAGAAUACGAGGCCAAGGACGAGCGCAUGGCCAAAUACUCAUUAAAAGUACAAGAGUCACUCAACCGGCUAGAAGAAUGGAUCAUUGAGAAAAUCCUAAGGGGAGAUAAUGUGCAGGCCGACGCUUUGGCAGGAAUAGCUGCAUCAUUUCCCGUAAAAGAGUCAACAAUGCUACCGGUAUACGUUCAAGCCACUCCCGCCAUUACUGAAUCACACGUUUGCAAUGUGAGCCCAAAGGAAGAUGACUGGGCCGUCGACAUCAGAGUUUAUUUACAAUCGGGGGCAUUGCCUGAAAAUCCCAAGCACGCCCACAAAGUUCGGGUACAAGCAUCCCGUUUUACCCUAAUCGGAGGUGAACUCUACAAGCGAUCCUUCGGAGGUCCGUACCUCAGAUGCUUGAUCCAGCCGAAAAUCCAAUAUGUUCUAUCCGAACUUCAUGAAGGCGUUUGCGGGAACCACUCAAGGGGCAGAACCCUAGCGCACCGGGCGCAUUCAGAAGGAUAUUAUUGGCCUAUAAUGAGGCAGGACGCAAUGAUCCAUGUCAGGAAAUGCGACAAGUGCCAAAGACAUGCGCUAAUCCCGUAUAUGCCCGCUGAGAUGUUAAACUUAGUAACAAGCCCCUGGCCUUUCACACAAUGGGGGGUGGAUAUCAUGGGACCCUUUCCCACUACAGCCGCUCAGAAGAAGUUUCUGCUCGUUGCUACCGAUUAUUUCAGCAAGUGGGUAGAAGCUGAAGCCUACGCAAGCAUCAAGGACAAGGACGUCAAAAGGUUCGUCUGGAAAAAUAUAGUGUGUCAAUUUGGAAUCCCUCAGGCAAUCGUGACCGACAACGGCCCUUAG